UAGUUGUAGGCUCAAACCCAAAUCUCUCCUUCUUCCUCUUCGUCCGCACGCUCAAGCAACAGACUCCUUCCUUCAUGAUCAUGAUGCUUGCUUUAUACGACUUGUGACGAGACCCAUCAGUGUAUGUGACGGAAAAUCUCUCCAGCAAUUGGAUUUAGGCGAUAACAAGCCUUUUCAUUCGAACAGAAGUUGAUUACAGGACCUGUAGAUUCACCAUCUCCGCCCCCAAGCCAUGAGCUGUGAAGUUUGUCAACUCAAAGAAUUGGAAGUGGGUCACUUUGAGUUUGAGAUACAAGAAGUUCUGCGCUGCAUUCUGCAUACAAUCUUGUUUCAUCGAGCUCUAGGUCUUGUGAGGCCCAAAGAUGCUGAUUUGGAACUUUUUGAUAUUACAUAUGUCCAAUGUGGAGAUUUGGAAAUUGAAAAGAAAAUCGAGGAGAAGAUAGAGCAAUUUAUUAGUUGGGUAGAGAAACACCCCAACAAAAAGAGUCAGAUAUGUUUGUCAUUCUAUGAAGUGAAGAAUAAACAAGCCUCUUGGUUCACAAACAAAAUAGAACGCCUAUAUUGGGAACAGUGGUACAUCAAUUUGAAUGUGUCCCAACUUCCAAGGACACAUUCUAGCAAGUCUCAUCGUACCAAAGUUGUAGUUGAGCCAGGAGUAGAGAAUGCCAUGGAGGAGAGAAGCGCUCGAAGGGCAGCUCUUGAAGCAUCUCUUCGUGAUGUAAUGUUUCAAAUAAUUAAAUUUGUGAACGAGAAGAAGGAUCAUGUUCCCCCUAUACCAAAUCGUGAGGGUGUAAUUUCUUAUCCUUAUGAAAUCACUAUUCCCAGCUCGUCGGAUUCUGCAUUUGGGAUGGACAUGAUCAAGAGGAUGCUUCAGACUGGACAUCCAACCAUGCUUAGCUGAACUUUGUUAUGUCAAUUCUCCAGCGGUGGCUCUUCCUAAUCUCACUAAGAGGUCAAUAUGUGCUCCUGUUAAAGGGUGUCUAUAGACGUUUUUAACUUACAAAGCUGGCAACCUUGUGCAGAAGAAGGCUGCCGCUGAGCAAUGACAUGGGGGCAUGGACCUGGUUCCAAAGUGCACAUCUUUUUCUAUAUUUUGUACAUAUUCUUUAUUUGUAUACUUAUCACACCGUCCACUAUUUUUCAAGAAUCCAGUCUUUUCCACUA